AUGGCACGCACUAAACGUAACUGGACGCUAGCAGAAGAUACCCUAUUACGUACGGCUGUUAACACUGCUCAGGCACAAUCUCGCCCACUUCUCUGGCGGGAGCUGGCCAAAUCCGUUCCGGGCCGAUCCAACAAAGAUUGCCGCCGUCGUUGGUGGAAUAGUCUUGCUGACGGUCCCGCUAAGGGACCAUGGAGCGAGAACGAGGACGAAAGGCUGAUUGAAGCUGUGCAGAAGCAUGGCACAAAUUGGAGCCAAGUCGCUCUGGCCGUUGGGUCGAGAAAUUCUGAUCAAUGCUUGAGUCACUGGAAUCAUGUACUAGACCCGAGUAUCAACCACCGUGACUGGACUGCACAAGAGGAUGAGCUUCUACUUCACGCCGUUCUUUCCCAUGGGACUAAUUGGACCACGAUAUCGUUAUCACAUCCCCAGAAAAGAACUACGCUUGCACUCAAAAAUCGAUAUUCAGCUCUGCGACUAAGGAAUGAGAACAGCAAGAAGGCAAAAGACGCUACUCGGGGAAAGAUAGUUGAGGCUUCUUCGGGGACCGAUGACAGCAUCAUGGUGACGAGCAACACAGAUCAGGGGAUCGAACAAAAGACUCCAGAUAUGGGCCAGUGGGACUCGCGCCGGGAAGCGGAUGCAGAGGAAGAGGACGAAAAUGACGAAGGGUGGGAUGAGGAGGACGAGGGCGGUGUCGAUGAUGAUCGCGAACUUUCCUACGUUUCACCCACACCUGGUAGCAAAGAAAUGAGCAGCGGUGCUCCUGAUACUGAAAUGAAAGACCGGUCCAUAGCAUCGCCCGAGUCUGCAAUUAAUAUCAGUACCAACAACGGCUCCGGCAUGAUCAGUCCCAGUUCAUUUCAUCACGAUAUAAGCAACCUUUGUACAGAAACAUGGAUGAAUGGCACGUCUUACUUGACCCCAUGCGAGAGUACAUAUUCUUUUGAUCACGCCUCACUCAACGUGCCCUCAGAAUAUCACGAGAAUGGUGCUAUGCAGUAUAGGGGUACCAUGAACACAAGUGGAGAUGCCAUGGACUUUGGUCACCCCUUGCCUGAAUACAACACAGUCACCAAGCCGAUGCUUGGCCUACCUGCCUGCAACAACACUGCUGAAAUAGAGGGUGGUUAUUCAAAUGCCCCUAAAUCGAUGUCUACUGUUUCAAAGAAUCGCCAGCAUACACAAGACCAUGCAAUACCCAUGUACGAGGUAACUGUCCACGCAGAGUGCACAGUCACAGAACUAGAAGGUCUUAUGGUUGGACUUGCCAGCACUGGGACGCCCUAUACAGUAAAGAUGAAGCCAAAGCCAUUGAAAGUCUGA